UUGCCAACUGCCCUUAAAAAUAACGGAAGGAGAAUAAGUUGCAGUAGCGAGUCAACAGACUAAUCAAAAUGUUACCCUCAUCUAUUAAAGACGACGAGUACAAACCUGAUAAAUUCAAUCUCCUUGCAAAGAUUUCUGGAUGGUUUAGAUCCAUCCUCUCGGAUAAAACGUCACGAAACCUGUUUUUCUUUUUGUGUCUGAAUCUGUCAUUUGCUUUCGUGGAAUUAUUGUUCGGCAUAUGGAGUAAUAGUUUAGGUUUGAUAUCAGAUUCCUUUCACAUGUUCUUUGACUGCACAGCACUCUUAGCGGGACUUGCAGCUUCAGUCAUAUCCAGGUGGAGGUCCAACGACUCCUUCUCAUAUGGGUACGUGAGAGCAGAGGUGUUGGCUGGGUUUGUGAAUGGCCUUUUCCUCAUUUUCACAGCCUUUUUCAUUUUCUCAGAGGGAGUAGAGAGGGCUUUGGAGCCACCGGAUGUUCAUCAUGAGCGUCUCCUACCUGUAUCAGUUGCAGGGCUGCUGGUCAAUCUGGUGGGCAUCUUUGUGUUCCAGCAUGGAGGCCAUGGGCAUUCCCAUGGUGGGGAUGGAGGUCAUGGCCACAGCCACAAUGGCAGUAUGAGUCACGGACACAGCCAUAGAGGACUUGCUCAUGAACAUGAACAUGGGCACAGCCAUGGAGGGCAUGGCCACAUUCAUAAUGAGCCCCACUGUCAGGAUGACCACCUGCACACACCCGGGAAGGGCUCAAGCAAACAGAUCCUAGAAGGAGUGUUUCUACAUAUUGUUGCUGACACUCUGGGAAGCAUUGGAGUAAUAAUUUCGGCUAUCCUAAUGCAAAAGUAUGACCUGAUGAUCGCUGAUCCAGUCUGCUCCAUGCUCAUUUCUAUUCUCAUUGGAGUCAGUGUGGUGCCACUGCUAAGGGAAUCUAUUGGGAUAUUAAUGCAACGUACUCCACCAUCACUGGACACUGCCCUACCAGAGUGCUACCAGAGGGUGCAGCAGCUGCAGGGAGUAUAUAAUCUGCAAGAGCCUCACUUCUGGACCCUAUGCACAGAUGUUUAUAUUGGCACCCUGAAGCUCCUUGUGGCCCCCGAUGCUGAUGUCCGCUGGAUACUGAGCCAAACCCACAAUAUUUUCACACAAGUUGGAGUUCGGCAACUCUACGUCCAGAUUGACGUGUCAACAAUGUAGAUUCAAAAAACAUUUUAGAAAAAGAAGACACUCAUAUCCU